UCGGGCACUAUUCAGUCGUGUUGAGGCAGUUGUCGACGUAGCAACUUUCGCUCCUUCUAUCCCACAUCAGUUCCGAGUCGUUUCCGUCGAUGGAGAAUCGAGCCGAGCUUGCUUGCCUGUAGAAGAGUGUUGUUUGAGCACCAUAAGGUGAAGGACAGCUGAGCUAAGUGCAGUGUGGAGUAGAUACACGAAAUAAGAAGGUCAUCAGAUUAGGGAAGAGGGAACGAGGUAAAGGAAAAUCCAGCGCAUCGACAACAGCAGCCGGGCGAGUUCGACACUAAUUAGUUGCGGUUCGAUCUCGUGUUACGCAUCACGCAGAGUUUAUUUUUCAACAGUUUUCUGUUACAAUUUGUGCCUUGAAACGAGUGAUUCAUUUGUGCCUAAAGAGUUAAGAUACAGUUUUCCAUGCUGGUAUAUUUUUGUGAAUUAUUCAUAGACUGCAAAGAUAGCGCAACCGUAAAUAGAAGAGUGUAAGCCAACCGAAGCAUAUGGAGGAAGUUGCAAAGGUGAUUGGACUUGACAGUCAGACAUUGUGCACAGGAAGUCAUUUCUUUGAAUUAGUCUGAUUGAAGAAACUGAUCAGUGCCGACGAAGAAAAUACCUAGGCAAGUGCGUCAUAUAUUCGUGAAAAUUAUUAAGCGAAACGCCGGAAGCUAUAAUCAGCUUGUUUUCUUGAAUUUCGCCUUUGAAUUGAAAACUUACUCAAAGAAGUGGAACGAGACCGAGCCAAGCGUAAGCACCAUAGGCGGGAAUAAAAAUAGAGACAGGCGAAGUGGGAAGAGAAGGUGAACAUCUGCCUCGGGAAAUACGACCGGGAAACGUAAACAUAUACCUACAUACAGGCCAAAGUGCAGUAAUAGCAGCGGCAGCCAGCGGCCGAACCAAUCUCAAGCAAACACACCGGAAAAGCGAGAAGAAACAGGAGAACCACAAAACAGCGAACGGGCGUCAUACGGCAUCGGGGCCUAAAAUCUGCUCUGCAUUCGUGCGUUUACGACCUACUCCAAUAACAGAGCGUGCAGCGUGCUUAAGGGCACGUGUGACGUCCUGCAGAAGCACCGAAUUUAAGAUUCCGGCCAAACAGCAGAAAAGCCCCAUCAAUAUGCAGGUAGAAAGUACUGCAAAGUGGCGAGUGCCGCCGCUUGAUCUGUCCGCGGUCAGUGUGCUUUCCAACGAAAACGACCGCCGGUGGAACAACAACCACAGCCUGCAUCUCAGCUCCGGGCAAGCACCGCUAGCACCGCCACUGAAGAAGAUUCAGUACGGGGCCGAUAAUUUGCCAAUCGACCCGCGCGAUUGGACCCGCGCCAACGUGUGGACCUGGCUAAUUAAUCUGGCGCAGUCCGAGGGUUUGGACAUUAGCCCAGAGCUAGCGCAUAAAUUCCCAAUGAAUGGAAAAGCCCUUUGCCUCAUGAGCCUUGACAUGUACCUAAGUAGAGUUCCGGUGGGAGGAAAAAUGCUGUACCGGGACUUUCGAGUACGGCUAGCUCGAGCCAUGAGCUUAUAAAUGCAUGAUCUAUGGCAGAAAUAGAAUGGCCAAAUCUCCUCAGUAGUGUUACGAAUAGUUCAUAUUAAGUGUGUUUGAUACAAGAGUUCCGUCAAUGCAUUUUUUUUUUCUAUUUUAGUGGUUACCAAUUUAGCUGACUUCCAAAGUUCCACACUAUGUUGCAAAAUGAAUCUUAAAGUUUAUAAAAUCUUAAUUAUAGCAAAUUUGAUUCACAGACAAACAGACGUAACAGCUAGCAAAUUUUGCUGAAAACUUUUUAGUGUUACGUCUGUUUGUAUGUACUACACUACAAUUUAGCCUGAAUCCAAUAAACCAACAUAUUAAAAUAGCGCUAUAAAUAAAAUCAAUUCUAUGUAAGUUAAAAAUGAUGCUCAGUAUUCUUCAACUAUCCUGUUACAUGUCUUUUGAAGGUACAAUUUCAGGGGAAUUUGUUUCUGUAUAUAUGGUUUCUAGUUAUAAGAAAUCUAGUCAAUAAAUGAUUUUCAAAAAACAUAA